AUGGCUCCUUCCUUUCUCCUCCACCAGCUUGGUUCUUCAUCCGUCUUAGCACUUCUUCUUCCCCUGUUUCUCACUUAUGUUCUUCUGCUAAGAAGAUGGAAACAGCAUACUUCAGUUGAGCGGCUUCCUCCAGGGCCAUGGCAGCUCCCAAUCAUCGGCAACCUGCACCAAUUGGGUGCACUUCCUCACCGCUCUCUCCACCAUCUAUCUCAGAAACACGGCCCCCUCAUGUUCCUCAAGCUUGGGCAACUCCCCACCUAUGUCGUUUCGUCGGCGGAGGUCGCGAGAGAGAUCAUGAAGACCCAUGACGCCAUAUUCGCGAGCAGGCCAGUGCUUGCUGCCUUCCUUGUUCUUUCCCAUGGUUGCUCGGACGUUGCCUUUUCCCCAUACAGCGAGGUAUGGCGCUACUUGAGGAAGAUAUUCGUCAGGUACCUCUCAGGCUCGAGGAGAACUCUCUCAUUCCAGUCCGUGAGAGAGGAGGAAGUGGGCCUCAUGGUUGAUGCCAUCUCUCGUUCCGCUGGCCCUGUUAAUCUCAGCCACUUGCUUCAUUCUCUUAAUAAUAACAUAAUCUGUAGAGUUGGCCUUGGUAAGAAAUUUAAUCAGCAAGGAUAUGACCAGAAAGGCAGGUUCCAUGAUACUCUGGAGACAACCAGGGACUUGCUUGGAGGGUUUAGCCUGGGUGAUCUCUUCCCAUCCAUCAAGUGGGUGGAUUGGCUCACUGGACUGCAGCUCAGGCUGAGAAGGAAUUUCCAUGAAUUGGAUCGUGUUUUCGAUGAAGUGAUCAGUGAUCAUUCUGAUCCACAGAGGCGAUCCAAGGAAAAGGACUUCGUCGAUGCGUUGCUUGAAGCUCAAAAGGAUGAAAGCCAGGAGAUCCCUCUUACCACAAACCGCAUCAAAGGAUUACUUUUUAACGUGCUCCUUGGCGGAUCCGAUACAUCGUCGUCUGCCGUGGUGUGGGCAAUGGCCGAGCUGAUGAGGAAACCUCAGGUGAUGAAGCAAGUCCAGGAUGAAGUUCGACUUAAGAUCAAAGGGAAAGAUAAGGUGGAAGAGAGUGAUCUUCACCAACUUCAGUUUCUUAAGUUGGUGAUGAAGGAGACCCUAAGGUUGCAUCCACCAGCACCAACGGCUGUUCAUCGAAUCUCUAUGCGCGAGUGCACUCUUGACGGCCAUAUCAUCCCAGACCAAGCGAUCAUCAUUGUAAAUGUCUGGUCGAUAAUGAGAGACCCCAAUUCAUGGGAGAACCCAGAAGAGUUUCGGCCCGAGAGAUUCAUCGAUAAUCCAGUUGACUACAAGGGCCAAGAUUUUGUGUUUAUACCGUUCGGUUCAGGUAGAAGGAUUUGUCCGGGUCUCCAUAUGGGAGUGACAGUCGUCGAGCUCUCGCUUGCUAAUCUUCUCUACCGUUUCAAUUGGAGUUUACCAGAUGGGCUGAACACUGAUGACAUAGACAUGGACGAAUCUCCUGGUAUAACUGUGCAUAAGAAGUCUGAGUUGGUUCUCAUUGCCCAUCCUUACACACCAUCCAGUUGAAUCAGCUUGUGUUGCUAUGUCGCGCUGGCCUCCCAUGCACUUGAAUGAGAAUUAUAGUGAUAGCGUACGAAGACUGUGAGAGAUGCUUUGCAAUUGAGAAAUCAAUCAAAUAACUUUAGGGAAUGUUCAAGCUAUGUUACAACUACUUAUAUGUCAUGAACUAUAUAUUAUAUG